UGCUGAGUUGAACGCUGCUAGGCGGCGACUCUGGCUGCUGCUGUCCUCUCACUUUACCUCUGUGCCAGAGGACCCGCGGGAAAGCUGACGCCACUGAGCCCGACAGCAUGCAGCUCGCACACUGGCUCGGCGUGUAGGGACGACGCAGGCGUCCUGCGAGCGCCCGUCUAGUUUUCAGCCCCGUGAGCCCCGCCCCUCAUCACUAUGUACGACCGUGCUCCCCGCUGCCUCGACUUCGCCAACCCGGGCGGCACCGAGGAGCACGUGGGUCCUGGGACCUACCAGGUGCCUUUUCCUAAGCAGCGGGCCACAGGUUGCUAUGCACCAUUUCUUUCUUUGAGUUCCAAAAAAAGUGCUUAUGAUGUCUCCUCUGACCCUGAAAAAUCUGUUCCAGGGCCAGCACACUACAAUGUAUCACAAGCACAGUAUAAAAUAAAAGGAGGCCAUAGUCUGCAAAACCGAGAGAAACGAUUUAAGAAACUUAUUUCGGAUGGUCCAGGACCUGCAAGCUAUGAUUGGCCUUAUCUUAGGACAUUAUGCAUCACAAUCAGACAGAAAACUUGUAGAACACCUGCAGUUUCCAGAAACAUUUAUAUUCCUUCAAUUCCGUCUUCUGGAAAGUCACAUGGGUAUCAUCUCAAUGACGACGACACUAUUAUGAGACGCACCCCACCUUCUAGUGACAACACAAUAGGUCCAGCGUUCUACAAUCCUCAAUUUGAUUAUCCUAAAGCAACUUUGAAAUAUAAAGGUGUAAAUUUUGGCAGUGCUACAGGAAGACAAGAAUUGCUCAAAUACUCAGGUCCUGGUCCUGGACAGUAUGAUAUCAUCCAGAAAAGGAAACUACAUUAUGAAAACAUUAACAUCAAGAAAGAUCAAGAGCAUUUUUGUUGUACAUAUUCCCCACGGCUAUAUGAAGAGAUAAUAUUGAAUGAGGAAAAAAAGGGUGUACCAGGACCUGGAAAGUAUGACAUUAAAAGUCAGUUUGAUUCGAUAAAAUCCAUGUCAGCAAUUGUGUAUGCUCCAUCUUUUACUUUCUUUUCUGAAUCAGAGAGAUUUGCACCUAUCAAAUCAUGUACCCCAGCUCCUGGCACAUACAAUGAAAUACGAACUGCUUUCAAGUACCCAAAGAAAAGAUCAGGACCAUUUUCGCCAUUUGGCCAAAGUUCUGCCCGAUUCACAGAGGACUCCAAGGCUCAGGAGCUACCAGGUCCUGGAUUUUAUGAUAUCUCAACCAACAUUGUAAAAGCCCAGGUUAAAAAACCCAGCUUGAAGAAACAAAGGAAAACUGGAUUUGGUUCUUCUGUGUCUCGAACUAUGUUCACAACUCAGCAAAAAACUUGCAGUGGCCCCGGGCCUAGUGAUUAUCAGAUUGGAAGACUUCAUGAUGAAUUACCUAACUUGAACAAACAUGCUGCAUUCUUGUCGAGAGCAGAAAGAACUACACCAGUACGGCGAAUGAGUCUUCCAGCUCCUGGCCGCUAUGAUGUUCAGAAAUCGUUCGAGAUGUCCCAAGUUAAGCAUAAGUACAUGCCACCUCGCAGUUCGGUGGCUACAAAAAGGCAUACCUCGUUCCUGAGUGCAGCUCCUCGGUGCCUGGGGAAAAUCGCUGAUGGGCCAGGACCUGCAACCUACAAUCCUAUUUUAAUGAAGUCUGGUGCCAUAAUCUCAUUCGUUAAAGGACCAAAGCGUUUUGAGGAGUGUCAUGACGAGUUUUCUCCUGGCCCUACAACAUAUGAGCUCAGUCCAUUUUUAAGACAUUCUAUUCUGAAGAGAACAUACAAUGUUACUCUGCCAUGUUCAUCCUCUCCUAAUAGAGAAAAUACUGGUUGUUCAUCACAAAAAGCUGGACAGAAAUUUCAAAGAGAGAAAUUACAGUAA